AUGGGCAACGAGCACUCGAAGCCGCGCCUACGGCGGCGCUCUACGGUCGGCAGCAACGAGCACCAGGGCAAGCAGGCACGGCACCGGCAAAGGCGUCAACAGCACCGCGAAAGCGGUGCCCUGUUAGAGGAGGGCUGGGUCAUCUUGGACAACGGCGGCAAAGGCCUCAACGACGGCAACGACAGCGUCAUCAUCAGCGUGGCCGCCCUGGAGCCUCUCGGUGGCGAUGGCAGUGGUGCCGAGGAGAGCGAAGAGCACCGAGCCGAGCCGAGCCCGAACAAGGAGAAAGGAAAAGAAAAGGAGAAGGCCAAGGAGAAUCGACGUUCUGGCGAUGAAGGAGACGCCGGCGGUGUGGGACACAACGAUGGCGACGACUUCAUCGCUGUGGGAGGUGACGAUGUGGGAAGCAACAGCGCGGCGGAGAGGAAGGCCAAGGAGCGGAAGGAGGGAGCCAAGGCGAAGAAAGGACACAAGAAAGGCAAGAAGAAAGAGCACAAAGAGCACAGAAAGGAAAAGAAGAGCAAGAAGGUGGUCACCACGACGCCGAGAGCGAGUCGCGAUGUCGCCGCGGCAGAUAUCAUGCCGGACCACCGCGGUGGCGUUGAGGGCGAGGUGCACAGAGAGUACGACGACCUCCCAGAGCUCGUGGCAGAGUUCGACGACAACGAUGCCGACCGGCUUGGCGACGCUGCAGCGGUGUCUAUUGAAGAGGAGAAGAAAGAAGAGCAGAAGAAGAAGAAGAAGAAGAAGGAAAAAGAAAAGGAGAAGGAACACGAUGAGUUCGACAUCGUGAGCGAAGAGGAAAAGAGGAGCGAAGAAGAGAAGGAGUCUGCAGGCUUGGAGCUACUCGUGCCCUCUCCUCUCGCGCCCGGCCAGCACGAUCCCCUCGCGGCCACCGACGAAGACGACGAGCUAAAGAAGGGAGCCGAGAACAUGGACGAAUCCUUCAUCGAACGCUACCUCGCUCAACUCGUCGAGCCGAGCCCGGACCGAGCCGCGAAGGAGGAACAGAAGGAGGAACGCGCCUGCCUCUCCUGUGACCGACACUUUCCCGCUUCUUCUCCGGCGUUCUAUCCGCUGGCGAAUUGUGUGCAUGCCUACUGUAUAGAUUGCCUCUACAAUCACCUCGAGCAGCAGUUGAUUCGCAUGGAGGCGGAGAGGGACGACGAGCCGUGCGUCGGAAAGGCCAAGGAGCUCGAGGCCGACGUCGUCUCCGACGAUUGGAUGGAUCGCGCCUUCUUCCGGUUCGUCUGUCCGCACCCGACGUGCGGGGCCACGGUCUCGAUCGACGAUCUCAAGGCCGGCUUCGACGUGUUCGGCAGCCUGCUCGCCAAGGAGCUGGAGGAGAACGGAUGCGCCGUCGACAAGAAUCCCGCUUGGAAUGGCGACGAAGUCCAGCUCUUGGGGGAGAAGGAGAAGCACCUGCUGGAGCAGGAGUCGCUGCAAAGAGAUGUGGGCGAAGCGGUGGGCGACCACCACGAGCUGAUGUUCGAAGUCGACCUGGCGCUGGAUGACGAUGGAGUGCGGCAGCAUCAGCACCGAGAGAACGAGGAGCGCGAAGACGCCGCGCGACACCCCGAGGGAGCAGGGCAACUGAAGAAGAACGAAAACGAAACCGAGGCCGCGGCACCGUCGAGCAACAAGCUGUCCAACUCGAUGAAGCUGUUCUUGGAGAGCAACGAGGGCUACGUGCUGUGUCCCAACGAGAGCUGCGGGAUGAUCUUCGAGCACCUGCCGCCGACGGCCGAGGAGAAGGCCUACAUGAAGAAGCAGCAACCGGUUGACGACGACGGCGAACCGAUCCAGGGCGAUGCGCUGGAACACUACUUCGACAAGCGAUUCCGCUGCCGCGACUGCAGCACCGUCUUCUGCUCGGCGUGCAAUCUCGUUCCCUACCACCUGGGCUUCACCUGCGCCGACUACAAGAACUACCUCGUCGCCCAGCAUUGCUUUGUGUGCAACAAAGUGCUGCGUGGUGAUAUCACGCCGUACCUGCCCGAGGACUUUGUCGUGCGCGACGGCGACGGCGACGGGAAAGCCGAACAGCCAAGCGGUGGCGAGCUGGCUGCAGACGACAUCGACAAGGGCAAGGAGAAAGCCGACGGGCACUCCGACGAAGCCGAGAUGGAGCCCUUUCAGCCGGUCUUUCGCGCGUUUGAGAAGGAGCUGCCCGAGCCCAACCAGGUGCCGGGCGUCUUCUUCUGGAAGAGACGACGGCUGCUCAAGGAGCGCCAGCAGCUCGAACGCGAGAAGCGCGAGCACGAGCGGAACGAAGCGGCGCGCGUCGCCGUCCAGAUGAUGGAGUACGAGACCCAGCGCAGGCAGGUGCAAGACCGACGCCUCGCCGAGCGCAAGCUACGCGAGGAACAACAGGCGCAGGAGCGCGAGGAGGCGCGCAAGCGCAAGCGGGCCGAGCUGGUUCAGCGCCUGCGCGACGGGAAGGAGGCCAACAUCACCACCAUGUACGUGUGCGAUCGGGCCGAGUGCAAGAAGGAGGUCGAGAAGAAGUGCCUCUGGAAGCACACGGAGUGCGGACACGCCUGUUGCGGCGUCUACAACGAGCAGACAUGCCUGCGCUGCCUCGAUCCAGCCUGUGCUGGCGAUGGGCAAACCAAGGAUGACUAUUGCAACAUUUGUUGGGUGGAGGACCUUGGUUCCAAGCCAAGCAUUGCACUCGAGACAUGUGGGCACGUCUUCCAUCUCGACUGUCUGUUGAAGAAGCUCGAAGCGGGCUGGCCCACGGCGGUGAUCUCCUUUUCCUUCCUCGACUGCCCGCUGUGCAACGAACGACUGUCGCACCCGCUCCUUGCGCCGCACCUCAAGCCGUUCCUCGAGCUGGAGGAGUAUCUCACCAAGAUGGCCGUCGAGCGGCUGGACAUGGAGGGCAUGAAGAAUGAUCCCGGAGCGAAGGAGAAUCCGGCCAAGUACGCCGUCGAUACCUUCGCCUUUUACCUGUGCUAUCAGUGCAAGGCGCCCUACUUUGGUGGCAAGAAGGAAUGUGGAAGAAUGUUGGGUGACGGCGGAGGCGAAGGGGAAGGCGGACCGGCGCCCGCGUUCAAUCCAAAGGAGCUCAUCUGCGGGGCCUGCAGCAACACGCUGGGCCAAGCCGAUUGUCGCGUGCACGGGGAUGCCUACAUGGAGUGGAAGUGCCGCUUUUGCUGCUCGCUGGCUACCUACUUCUGCGGUGGCAAGGCCCGCUUCUGCACGCCCUGUCACGAUCGCCCGGCUGAGCGGGUUGAGUUUGCCAACUGGAAAACGCUGGACACGUUCAAGGCGCCCGCGUGCGGUGGGGCCGCCUCGUGCCCUCUACACGUCGACCACCCGCCCAACGGUACUGAGGAGUUUUGCUUGGGGUGCUCCAUGUGCAAGGCCUCUGGCUUCCGCUUCAAUGCCACCACUGCCAGUACCGUGUAG